UCUUUCCGUAAUGUAACAGCUACUACUUACAGUUCUGAAAUUCUCAUUCCAAAAACUUUUAACAAGAAUAUUUUUACAAAGAAACCAGACUCAUAAUUCCCUGUUUUGCUGACACAAUUUGUCAGGUCAGAUUAUUAAACAUAGCUAAUGCAUAUGAAAGAAACAUAGAGAAAGUCCCAGAGUAUCUUAUGAUCAGGUAUUUAUAGUGAGCUAUUAAUGGACAUGGGCUCUACUGAGAUCAUUUUCAGUCCUGAAAAUAUCACUUUCAACUUAAUAAUCACUUUGUCAAAGUGUAAGGUCUUCCCUCUUUCAGAAGGGCAACUCUCUUGAAAGACAAAAGUGGAAGUUGUGUUAAGGUAAAACAGAUGAGGGUUUUCAGUCCAACAGAACAUCUGUGAUUUUAAUCUCUAUUUAACCUGAAGGUUUAACAUCUCCUUCCAAUUAAAAAGCAGUGUUUUCCUAUGAAAAGUGAUCCAGGUUGUGCAGAUUUGCCAUGUAUGAUUCUAUGUAUAUAUUUGAUGAUGAUUCUGAAGAUGAAAUCCCUACCCAACAAGCUAUUCAGGAAAGUUUACGAGAUAGGCAUAAAAUUGAAGCAAGUGGCAGCGCAACAGAGGACGAAAGGUGCUUCCAGUAUGUUACAAGUAAAGAACAUGAAAAGAUAAUUGCAGCAAUUCGGGCAGGCCAAGAAGAGGCCUUGAUGAAGUUGGUAAGGCACAGUUCUGCUUUUGAAGAAGCAGAUCAGCAAGGCUGGCUUCCCGUGCAUGAAGCUGCAGCACAGCUAAAUAAGAAUAUCCUUGAAAUCACUUUUAAAGCCUCCUGUGCUGUUACAUGGGAACAGACCACUCUAAAAGGUGAAACACCUCUAUUGGUGGCAGUAAGAAAUUGCUUUGUAGAAAAUGUCCGCUUUCUCCUGCUCAAUGGCUGCAACCCCAACGUUAAGAAUGAAGAGGGAGAUUCUCCUUUAGUUAUAGCAGUUAAACAUGAUUCAUAUGAGAUUGCCUCCUUGUUGAUAAAUUCUGGUGCAAAAGUGAACUUGCAGUGUGUCCACAAGAGGACAGCUUUACAUGAGGCAGCCAGAGUAGGCAGGAAGGAUCUGGUAAAGCUUCUCCUUCGUUCUGGAGCAGACCCUGACCCUCGCAGUGGAUAUGGGCUCACGCCUCUAGCACUGGCUGCACAGGCUGGCCAUACAGAAAUUAUGGAGCUCUUACUGCAAAAAGGUGCAGAUGUUCUUUCACAGGCAAUGGAUUGUGCUUCUGUGUUAUUUGAAGCAGCAGGAGGAGGAAAUCCAGAUUCUCUGAGUCUUUUACUAGAAUAUGGGGCUGAUGCCAAUGUACCAAAGCACUCGGGUCAUUUGCCAAUCCACAGAGCUGCAUAUAGAGGACACUUUCUAGCCUUAAAAAUACUAGUUCCAGUUACUAAUUUUGAUGCCAUUAAAGAAAGUGGGAUAAGUCCAGUUCACUCAGCAGCAGCAGGAGGACAUCCUCAGUGCCUUGAGUUUCUCCUAAAAUCUGGUUUUGAUGCCAAUUUUAUGCUGGAUCAGAGAGUUCGCAAAGGCUACGAUGACCACCGGAAAUCUGCAUUGUACUUUGCUGUUUCCAACGGGGAUAUCCACUCAACACAGUUGCUGUUGAACGCUGGAGCCCUGACAAACCAAGAUCCCAUCAACUGUCUUCAAAUAGCCUUGAGGAUGGGCAGCUAUGAGUUAAUGAAUCUACUGCUCCGACAUGGGGCAAAUGUCAAUUACUUCUGCAGAGUGAAUACAACACAUUUUCCCUCAGCUCUACAGUACGCUCUGAAAGAUGAAGUCAUGUUAAGAAUGCUGAUGAACUAUGGGUAUGAUGUGCACCGCUGCUUUGACUGCCCUCAGGGAAGCACUUCGCAUUCCCAGUACGUGACAGAUGGAUGGACUUCGACCGUUAUCAAAGAUACAACGUUCUGUGAAGUGAUAACAUUGUCAUGGCUGAAGCAUCUGUCUGGGAAAGUAGUGCGAGUAAUGUUAGAUUACGUCGAUCAUGUUAAUAUCUGCUGGAAGCUAGAAGCAGUUCUCAAAGAACAGGAACUCUGGCCAGACAUCAAUUUGAUUUUAACAAAUCCUCGCUCUCUGAAGCAUCUUUGUCGUCUGAAGAUACGGACGUGCAUGGGCCGGUUGCGCCUCCGUUGUCCUGUCUUCAUGACCUUCCUUCCACUGCCAAACUGCUUGAAAGACUAUGUACUAUACAAGGAAUAUGACCUUUAUGGACAGGAAAAUUUCACAGGCACCUACCACCUCAACUGUACAUAAGUAUUAGGUCUAUAGUUUGAAGGGCAUAUUGGCGUGG